CUUACAAUUAAAUUAUCAGUAUAGAAAUUUACCAUCUUUAGCUCCAAUUGCUAAUUUUGAUAAACUAAAGAGUAUAACUCUGAACACUUGGUCGAGUUUCCAAGGAUGACUUCUAUAGUUCAUCAAAAAAACGGAACAGACUUAAACAACUCAAUUUCUUCAUCUACAUUGAAUUCUAAUUCCAAUAUGAUCUUCUACAAGUCUGAGUUCCGCGAGCAGUCUGAGAAUAAUGCUCUACCAAAUAAACCAGUUCAAGACUGUUUGACUGAUAAUCCUAAUCUAAAUAUUUCUAUUAGUAAUGUAGUAACAAACUUCAGUUUAAAAUCACAUUUAAACCUACGAUACUUAGCUCUAAAUGGUAGUAAUAUAGAAUACAGACGUGAAAAUGGGAUGUUAACAAUGAAACUCCGUAAACCAAAUGCAACAGCCACCAUAUGGUCUAGUGGAAAAAUUGCUUGUACUGGUUCUACAUCUGAAACUCAUGCUAAAAUUGCAUCCAGACGUUUUGCUAGAAUCAUUCAAAAACUUGGUUAUCAUAAUGCUAAAUUUAGCAGUUAUAGGAUUGUCAAUGUUCUUGGAUCAUGUUCAUUACCAUUUCCGAUUAAAGUCAUACAGUUUUCGGAAAAGUAUAAAACAAUUGCUCAGUAUGAACCCGAGUUACAUCCUGGUGUUACUUUUAAGAUCAAAGAAUUAAAAGCUACAUUGAAAAUAUUUUCAACAGGCAGUAUUACAGUAACUGCUCCAAGUGUAAGGAAUGUUUACCAGGCAAUCGAGCAAAUUUAUCCCAUGGUAUAUCCAUUUCGUCGUGAAAAAACCGCAGAAGAUGAAAGAGUGAUACGCAAAUUAAUGACAAAAAAACGAAAUUUCACUGAUAUUGAUGAUAAUUUAUCAAUUUAUAACUCGGAAAACAGUGUAACAAAAAGAAAUUGUGAUGGAUUAGCCAUUGGCAUAGUAAAAGUUGAAAACAAUUUAGAAAAUAUUAUUAAAGAAGAAUAUGAAAAUGAUCUCUGAAAAAUAUUUCAGUUACCCAAACUGAACACCACUUACAGUUUAGUAAAUAACAGCAGAAUUUUUUUUAUAAUUUUUGUCAAAUGUUUAAAAAUAAAUUAUAACCUAAAAUGGAAUUAUUAAUAUUUUUAAA